GGAAAGCUCAGUUACAGGAGGCUAAAAGAAAGAAAAUUAUCAAGAGAGUAGAGCGUAAGAUGGCUGCAGUGGCAAGGGAGAGAGCAUGGGCCCAAAGACUGGCAGAGCUGCAGCAGCUAGAGGAAGAGAAGAAAAAAUCAAUGGCGUUUAGUUGUUUGUGCUAAAUCAUUACGCAAGGACAAAUUAUUAAGAAUCAGAAGAAACCCUCAUUUCUUGCUCGUUGAUUAGCUUGUUUUUGCCUAAUAAUGGGGCUCCUCAGCAUCAUCCGAAAAAUCAAGAGAAAAGAGAAGGAAAUGCGUAUAUUGAUGGUGGGCCUUGAUAAUUCUGGAAAGACAACAAUUGUUUUGAAGAUAAACGGGGAAGAUACUAGUGUUAUCAGUCCUACACUUGGUUUUAAUAUCAAAACCAUCACUUACCAAAAUGCAAGAGCCUCAAACUUGUUAUUUGGCAGGUAUACCUUAAAUAUAUGGGAUGUUGGGGGCCAAAGAACUAUAAGAUCUUAUUGGAGGAACUACUUUGAGCAAACUGACGGCUUAGUUUGGGUAGUUGACAGUUUGGAUCUUCGAAGGUUGGAUGAUUGCAAAAUGGAACUUGAUAAUCUUUUGAAGGAAGAGAGGCUGUCUGGAGCAUCUUUGCUAAUACUAGCAAAUAAGCAAGACCUAAAAGGUGCUCUUACACCAGAGGAAAUUGCUAAGGUGCUAAACCUGGAGAAUAUGGACAAAACCCGACAUUGGAAAAUCAUGGGCUGUAGUGCAUACACAGGGGAGGGACUGCUUGAGGGAUUUGAUUGGUUGGUUCAGGACAUCGCCUCUCGAAUCUACGUGCUUGACUGAUUCAUCUGUAAGUCAUUAUUCCACACAGAAAAUUUCAAUUGCAUUUGAUGAUAGCUGGAUUUUCUCCCCCAAGUUGCCCAUAUUUGUAUGUCUUUUCUGAAGUUGCCCAUUUACUUGAUUGGCUCAUAAUCUUUCUUCAUUGAAUAAAUUGAUACUACUGUGUUGUGCAUUGCA